AUGGUUGAAGAAGAUGCCAGCGGAGAUGAAGCGGACAUCAUCCUCAUCCCUCCAGAAGGUGACGUAUCUGACGGCUACUCCGGACCGGAGGACGAAGGCGAGGGCGACCCCGACCAUCUUUCUGCCCCCAUCCUGAAGUCUGAAGCUGAACUUCAGCGUCGCAGGAGUUCAAGGACUGAGACCACUCACCAGCCUACCGCGCGACGUCAUCAAGCUCAUCACACUGUGACGUGGAUGAAGCCAGCGCCUUCAUCGGGAAAGCCUACCAGGCUUUUCCCUGAGGCUAACUUCAGCCAGUUCUCGGGGAUGAGUCCAAACGAACUGGUAACACUCUUCCUUGGUGAGGAGAUCUUCGACCUCACUAUCAAGGAGAGCAGCCUCUACGCUCUUCGAAACGGACGCCAAGAUCCACAGCUGAGCAGGGAAGACAUCGCCAUCUUCAUCGGCAUCCUCGUCCUCACUAGCUACCUGACAGCAGUGAACACCAGGUUCUACUGGCAAGAGGCUGCGGACACUCACAAUGAGCGCAUAUGUCAAGCCAUGACGCGCAAUCGCUUUGACACGAUCAAGCGGAACCUCCACUUCUGCAGCGAGGAAGAUCCUGCUGACCGCUACUGGAAGCUCCGUCCGCUCAUCAAAAUCCUGCAGGUCAAGUAUAUGGAGCAUUUUGUUCCGCAGCAAGCUAUCUCCCACGACGAGGCCAUGAUCGCCUACUUUGGGCGACACGGUCUGAAACAGGCGAUCCGGAACAAACCGAUCCGUUUCGGAUUCAAGGCCUGGGCACAGAACACGCCAGACGGAUAUCUCCUGGCGUUCGACUUCUAUCAAGGAAGGGGAGUCGCGGAGCACACUGACGACAACGUUCAGCUUGUUGGAAAGAGCGGCGCCACCGUGCUCGAUCUGCUGGAGCACAUGAAGCAGGAGUUCCGCGAGCUGCCCUUCCAGUUCUUCGUGGACAACUAUUUCAUGUCCAUCCCCCUGAUGCAGGAGAUGACGAAGAGAGGAUACGACGUGACAGGCACGAUCCGGGAGAACCGCAUCCCUGGCACGACUGGCCUCAGUGCGACGAAGGAGUUUAGGAAGAAGGAACGAGGCAUGCACCAGGCUGUCACCAGUCGGGACGGGAACGUGAUUCUCGUCAGGUGGCAAGACAAUGCACCCGUCACUCUGGCCUCGACAUGCUACGGCGAUGUUCCCCCAGGCAAGUUCCGUCGCGAGUACGCCUGCACCAUCCUGCGACGAUGGGCCAGGGGAAGCAAGCCCAUGAUGAACCGCAACCUUGCGGCUCCAGGAUCCGAGGCCAUCCGCUUCGACGGGAUGGGACACAUCAUCAUCAAGGCCCCGUCACGGGGGACCUGCCGGAAUGAAGGCUGCACGGCGAAGGUGGGAACCAAGUGCGUGAAGUGUGCUGUGUUCCUGUGCGUCAACUGCUUCGCCGGCUUCCAUGGCGUCGCCCAGUGA